AACUGGUAAAUGGCGAUAGAGGAAAGCUAAAAAAAGGAGUAAAACCCAAUCCCCUUUCUUCACUUCAGUUGCCUGGUGAAAAAAGACUGUCAAGUCCAGAGAGAGAGAGGGGGGGAGAGAGAUGAAGAAGAGUACGAUUACGUCUAAUUUAUCGCCGGAGAAAGAAAGGCUUGCUAUCAGAGACAUCUCUAUCGCCACCGAGUCUCUCACCAAAGAAGGCGAUUUGUUUUAUCUUCUCACUCACAGAUGGUGGCAUAACUGGCUCGACUAUGUGGACGGGCUCGAGGUAGCUGCGGACAAUAAUGGAUUUACAGAUUUUAAAAGACCCUCGGGUAUUAAUAAUUAUGAUUUAAUUAAUCGCGUAACUACAAAAGGUUCGGAUGUGUGUGCUGAGCUCCGUGACGGGUUAGUAGAAGGGACUGAUUAUAUAUUGCUUCCAAAAGCAGUUUGGAAUCAGUUACAUGCAUGGUAUGGAGGGGGUCCUGCGCUGGCUCGUAAAGUCAUAAGUUCCGGUAUCUCUCAAACAGAAUUGUCAGUGGAGGUAUAUCCUCUACGAUUGCAAUUACAUUUGAUUCCGAAAGGAGAUCAGUCUUCCAUCAGAAUAAGCAAAAAGGAAACCGUUGGUGAGCUUCACAAAAAAGCGUGUGAGAUAUAUGGUCUUACGACUGAGCAGACUUGCAUUUGGGAUUACUUUGGCCAUCGUAAGCAAUCUUUAAUGAAUGACUUGGACAAAUCUCUUGAUGAUGUCAACAUUCAAAUGAAUCAGGAUAUUCUAGUUGAGGUCAUUGACAGUAGUGGUUGCACAAAACCUGUUCACGAAAAUGGAUCUGGGAGUAAUGAAUUAACUGUGUUUGUGGACCCUUCUAAAGCAAGUUUGUCAAUUACUGGAGGUUUGAGCAAGGGUCACUCUAGGAACUCUAAUUCAGCUUUAUCACAAUUUCAGAAUCAUACUACAACUAGAGAAGUGGAGAAGACACAUGGGCAGACUGGUGUUAGUACAAGGGGCUCUUCGGGGGGCCUUACUGGGUUGCAUAAUCUUGGAAAUACAUGCUUUAUGAAUAGUGCAAUACAGUGCCUUGUUCACACACCAGAGUUUGCUACAUACUUUCUGGAUGAUUACCAUCAAGAAAUAAACUGGCAUAAUCCUCUAGGCAUGGUUGGUGAACUUGCUGUAGCUUUUGGUGACUUACUUCGGAAAUUGUGGGCACCAGGACGAAAUUCAGUCGCUCCUCGUCCAUUUAAGGCAAAGCUUGCUCGCUUUGCCCCCCAAUUUAGUGGAUAUAAUCAGCAUGAUUCUCAGGAACUCCUUGCUUUUCUUUUGGAUGGGCUUCAUGAAGAUCUGAACCGUGUAAAACACAAACCUUACCUCAAUUCUAGAGAUGCAGAUGGUAGACCUGAUGAAGAAGUUGCUGAUGAGUAUUGGUCAAAUCACAUUGCUCGUAAUAAUUCCAUAAUUGUGGAUGUGUGCCAAGGCCAAUACAAGUCAACGUUAGUUUGUCCUGUAUGUGAUAAAAUGUCUGUUACUUUUGAUCCCUUUAUGUAUCUUUCUCUGCCUCUCCAAUCUACCUCAACACGAACAAUGACGGUGACAGUUUUCACUUGUGACGGAAGUGCACUACCAGCUGCUUGCACUAUUAAUGUUCCAAAGCAGGGUCGCUGCAGGGACCUAAUCCAGGCACUUAGCAAUGCCUGUUCCUUAAAACAUAAUGAGAAGCUUUUACUUGCAGAGAUACGGAACCACCUGAUUAAUCGCUUCUUGGAGGAGCCUUUAAUGUCAUUGUCUUCCAUCAGGGACGAUGACCAUCUUGCAGCUUACAAAUUCCCGAAGUUCGUGAAAAACUUCAAAUUUCUUCAACUGAUCCACCGUCGGGAAGAACAGGAUUCUGGUAGCUCCCAGCAAAAGGAGUGGAAACCUUAUGGAACACCACUUGUUUCACCGAUCUCUUGCGAGGAUACUGUAACAAGUGGUGAUAUACAGUCAGCAGUUCAAACUUUGCUGUCUCCUAUGCUUAAAGUAAAAACCGAGAAUGUGCGACAUUCUGAUAUCUCGAACGUAUCAGCACCAGCAUCAGAUCCACCUCCAGCUGUCAACAAUUCUACUGGAGCUACAAAUGAUUGCAUCUUGGCUGAUUUGAAACAGGAAUGUGGCAAUAUUAAGGUGAUCACUUCACAAAGACUUCCUUUACAACUGGUUGAUGAGAACAACGCAUGCAUUGAUCUAUCAAUUGGAGAAGAGAAAGCCUUUAAAAUCCCCUCAUCCUCUAGAGCAAUACUUGUUUUUAUUGAUUGGUCUCACAAGCUUUUGGAUAACUAUGAGAGCACUUGCCUAGAAAACUUGCCAGAUGUCAAGAAUGGUGCUGUAACUAAAAAAACUCGCAAUGAGCCUCUUUCCCUGUAUACUUGUCUGGAAGCUUUUCUGCGUGAAGAGCCUCUGGUACCUGAAGACAUGUGGUACUGUCCUCAGUGCAAGGAACGUAGGCAAGCAAGUAAGAAACUUGAUCUUUGGAGGCUUCCUGAAGUCCUUGUUAUCCAUCUUAAGAGAUUUUCAUAUAGUAGAUCAAUGAAACAUAAGCUGGAGACCUUUGUCAACUUCCCCAUAUAUGACUUUGACUUGACAAAUUAUGUUGCCAACAAAAGGAAUUCUAGACAACAACUGUAUGAACUAUAUGCCUUAACCAAUCACUAUGGUGGCAUGGGGAGUGGUCACUAUACUGCGUAUAUCAAGCUCCUUGAUGAAAAUAGGUGGUACAACUUUGAUGAUACCCACAUAUCACCAAUUAAUGAGGACGAAGUACGGUCAGGCGCAGCAUAUGUCCUUUUUUACAGGAGGGUGAAGACUGACACUGCAUCUGCAAGCAGUGGAGCACCAGUUUCCGCAGGUCACAACAACUUAUCUUCUCAAAAAUAGUUUGUGGGCAAACUGUUAUAUUACCGGGAAAAAAAGAAGUUUUGUAAAAUGUUAUACAUGCGCCCAUGAAAUGUUUAGAAGUAGUCUUCGUUGGCAAUGUUAUACAUACGCCGAUGAAGUGUUUAGAAGUAGUCUUUAUUGGCUGUUUACUCCUAUGUCAUGACUCUGUUAAUAGGUUAUAGAAUAGGUUAAGUAUGCAAAAGUCGUACUACUUGAAUCUGCAUCUGUGGGAAGGUGUGUCUUCAUCAUAUGAUUUUCUUUAGUCCAUAGUAUAUUUUAAGAAUGUUCUGCCUUUGUAGUUC